GUUUGUUUGCCAUUUGUUUGUAUUUGAGAAUUCUCGUACUCAAAAUAAGUUUGAACUCAUAUAAACUUGUAUAGAGAAAUAUACUAUACCUCUACUUGCUUUCUAAUAAAUAUCAACGGCCUGAAAUAAUUCGGUUGCCAAUAGCGCGAUAUAUAUUAAAUAAUUCCAUUAUAGAAUACAAGUAGGUAGCGUUAACUAGCGUUACUUUCAAUGAGAGAGGUGUUUUGUGUUCACUGCUACAACAGAAGCUACCUGAAACCAGCCAUAGCAUAGUUGGGAAAUGUAGGAAUAAAAAACAGCAGAAGUAAAGUCAAACUGCAACGAAACUACUAACAAAUAUAAGCUAUUAAGACUAGAUCACACGUAAACCUGUUUUAUAAAAUCAGCGUUCCCAAGACAGGUACCUCAAAUAUGGGUGAUGAUAGUGAGGCAGCCGUAGACGGGAGAAUUAGGCAGAUAAUCCCCAGAUGUAAACAUGAAGCACACGUCACACCUGCACAAACGGAGCAAGUGACUGCACAGGUACAAGAAACAACAUCCCGGUCUCCGGUGGCACAUAUAAGAUUGAGUCGUAGGAGAUUUGCAACUGUAGUUACAGCACAAGAGAGGCCACGAAGAAAGAGAAAUUUGAAUCUUCAUCGCAAUGCUCGUGCAAUAGCAAAGUCUAGAGCUGAAUCAAUGAGGGUACUGGCGGCUGCCUCUGAAACACUAGCGGAAGCUGUUAAGAUCCAGGCCGAGGCUGCUAUAAUACAAGCCGAAGCUGCGAAAGCUCAAACUGAAGCGUCAUUGCAAUUCGCCCAGAUUUCUAAUAAAAUAGAGGACAUACUAACUUUAUUAUUGAAUAAAAAUAAUAAUUAGUCUUAUAGUUUUAUUCUUUCACUAA